AUGACCGACAUGCUACCAUUAGCUACCUACAGCUUGAACGUUGAACCUUACACUCCGGUUCCAGCCAUCGAUGUAACGAUGCCCAUUACCAUCCGUAUCACCAUGGCUGCUUUAAAUCCUGAAGCCAUCGAUGAAGACAAUAAACCGUCGACUUUAAGAAUUAUCAAGAGAAACCCAAAUUUUGAAGACGACGACGACGACUUUUUGGGCGGUGAUUUCGAUGAAGACGAAAUGGACGAAGAAUCCCCUGCUGAAGAAGAAGAAGAAGAAGAAGAAAAAACUGAAAAGAAGAAGAAGAACAAGGGCAAGAAAGUUGAAAGCGAGAGUGAAAGUGAAAGUGACGAAGACGAUGAAGAUGAUGACGAAGACGACGAGUUCCAAGAAUCUGUUCUUUUAACUUUGUCUCCAGAAGGCCAAUGCCAACAAUCAUUGGACCUAACCAUUGCUCCAGAAGAAGAAGUCCAAUUCAUUGUGACUGGUUCUUACGCUAUCUCUUUGAGUGGUAACUAUGUCAAGCAUCCCUUUGACACCCCAAUGGGUGUUGACGAUGAUGACGAAGACGAAGAAGAUAUUUACGAUAGUGAUGAAUAUGACUUGACACCAGACGAAGACGAAAUUAUCAGUGACAACUUGGAUGAUUUGGACGACGAGGAGGAAGAAGAAGUUCGUAUUGAAGAAGUCGAAGAAGAAGAAGAAGAAGAAGAGGAAGAACCUAAACCAGAGCCAAAGAAAACUAAAAAGGAAAAGAAGAGAAAGCACGACGAAAAGGAAGAAGAAAAGAAAGCCAAGAAAGUAAAAAAGGUUGAGUUCAAAAAGGAUUUAGAAGAAGGUCCAACAAAACCAAAAAGCAAAAAGGAGCAAGACAACAAGCAAAAGCCAAAGACCAAGGUCUUGGAAGGCGGUAUUGUCAUCGAAGACCGUGCCAUGGGUGACGGCCCACAAGCUAAGAGAGGUGCCAGAGUAGGCAUGAGAUAUAUUGGUAAGCUGAAGAAUGGUAAGGUUUUCGACAAAAACACCAGUGGUAAACCAUUCGCUUUCAAGCUCGGCCGUGGUGAAGUCAUCAAAGGUUGGGACAUCGGUGUUGCUGGCAUGUGCGUCGGUAGCGAACGUAGAAUCGUCAUCCCAGCCCCAUACGCCUACGGUAGCCAAGCCUUACCAGGCAUUCCUGCAAACUCUGAACUAACAUUCGAUGUCAAAUUGGUUUCCUUGAAGAACUAG